AUGGGAAAUGAGACCAGUUACCCGGUGGAGAUGUGCUCCCACUUUGACCAAGAUGAAAUUAAACAGCUGAGCAAGCGGUUUAAGAAGCUGGACUUGGACAAAUCGGGCACCCUGAGCGUGGAGGAGUUCAUGUCCCUGCCCGAGCUGCAGGAGAACCCGUUGGUGCAGCGAGUGAUCGACAUCUUCGACACUGACGGCAACGGAGAGGUGGACUUCAGGGAGUUCAUCCUGGGGACCUCCCAGUUCAGUGUCAGGGGAGAAGAGGAGCAGAAGCUGAGGUUUGCUUUCAACAUCUACGACAUGGACAAAGACGGCUACAUUUCCAACGGGGAGCUCUUCCAGGUGCUGAAGAUGAUGGUGGGGGACAACCUGGAAGACUGGCAGUUGCAGCAGCUCGUGGACAAAACCAUCAUCGCGGUGGACAAGGACGGCGACGGCAAAAUAUCCUUCCAGGAAUUCAGUGCUGUGGUCGGAGGCCUGGAAGUCCACAAGAAGUUGGCGGCAAUUUUUUGA